AUGCGGGUGGCAGUCAUCGGUGCCGGGCCUUCGGGUUUAGUGACACUAAAGUAUCAGCUCUCAGCUUGUGACUCUCUGGGUUCUGACCCUGUCGAACCGAUCUUGUUCGAGUCCGAGUCAUCGCUUACGACAUUUUCCGACUUUAGGCCUCAGGACUCUGACCCGGACUUCCUUUUGACUGACCGUUAUGUCGAUAAGACGACUGCAGAACACGAAUGCGAUGCCGUGGCCAUUUGUACCGGACUCCACGUUACUCCGAAUAUCCCAAACAUCAACGGCGUGGACCGAGUAUUAAAAGUCUUUCACUCGUCCGAGUUCAAAAAUAGGAGCCAGUUUGGAGUGGGGAAAACGGUGCUUAUCUUGGGUAGUGGCGAGACGGCCAUGGAUCUAGGAUACCUCGCCAUGCACAGCUCCAUCAACAGAGUCUUGAUGAGCCACCGCGAUGGAUUUUUUUGCACACCCAAGAGAGUUCCUGAUCUUGUCUUUUGCCCAUUCUUGGUAACAAGCCUGACCCGAACAGACUCAAACGUGCUGGUCGACAUCAGCAAUGCUAGUCUUUUUGACACGGCCUACGUCCAUCGCCGUCUGAGAGACCAAAUUUUGCUAUGGCAUUACUAUAAUAUCUUUAUCAAAUCGACCCUUUGGUUGGUUGGCGGCUCCAAGUAUGGAAUGGCACAGUGGAUAGGGGGGGUAUCGGAUGAGCGGUAUCACGCUAGUAAAAGCCUGUGUUUUUCUGCAACAAAAUCCAACAAGGCCAUGCCAUAUCUAUCAGCCCCAUAUCGCCAAGAACGGGAAUCGUCCAUUGUCCAGAGAAUCAGGUCUUCCCUCAUUCAGGUGCCAAUAGUAGAGAUUGGUGGUCGACACAUUGACCUGGCACCCUGGCCUACCCACUUUGACGAACAAGGCAUCGUUCAUUUUCGGAACAACAACCGUCCCGAAUUCCGCCGCCUGAAGGGCCAAAGGAUCAAGCCUGAUGUGGUGAUAUUUGCAACAGGAUACACACAGACUUUUCCUUUCUUAUCCGAUGAUUACCCUACGCCAGAAACCCUUGAUAAACGAUCCAUCUGGAAGUCGACAGAUCCUUCUGUUGCUUUUAUUGGGUUUAUCCGCCCAUCCUUUGGCGCCAUACCGCCGUUGUCCGAACUACAAACUCAACUUUGGGUUGUCAACCUUUUGCGCCCUGCACUAGUACCAAGGCCCUUGAGCAUCACGGAUGAGCCACAUUACAAACUCAAAAUGAACAACAGAUCGCGAAUCCAGUACGGAGUGGACCACGAGAGCUAUGCAUAUCAGCUUGCACUUGGCAUGGGAGCUGCAUCAGGAUUCUCCCAAGUUUAA